AUGAAGAGCAGAGGCACGAUGGAUCUGCCGCCGUCGAGGCUGGAUUCGCUUUAUAAGGAUUUUAGCAAUUUGAAAGAGCUCAAUCCCGAGGGCUACAGAGCGAAUAUCGACACUUGGAAGGCGUAUCUGACGAAAAACUACCUAAAGGGCUCGAGUUCAUUGUUUCUAAACUGUGGAUCUGAUCUACUGGUCAAGCUCAGAAGAGAACCGCAAGGUUUACCGAGAAGUAUAGACGUUGUUCUCACUUCCUUAGUGGAGAGCGAUUGUUUGGUUGCGAUCGAAGAUUUUUACAAUGGCAUCAUGUAUCCGCAGGAGGCUUCCACUCUAAUGAGAUGGAUUAGAUGGGGUUCCUGGCCCAGAGGAAAAGUGAAUUUACGUAAUAAUCACGAUGAGUACUAUUUGAAAGCUGUGAAAUUGAUCAUCAAACCAGUCAUUGAGCAGAAAUUUGAGCAUAUCAAGAUUCAGCUGAGGAAUAAUAUAAUAUCCGAGGCCAGUGGUAUUGCAGAUCUUGUGUUCAGUAAACAGGAAUUCUACCGCAAAUGCGGGUUCCAUCGAAUCUUGGACGACGCCGAGGAAGAAAGAGAGGCAAUGCUCUUUUAUCUAUCGCGGUACAAGAAGCUAAUCGUACAGGAUAGAGAUAUCAUCAAAGUUAUUGCACCUGAGGUGAACCAUUUGCUUGCUCAUUUAGAAAGGAAAGUCACAGAGGAUGAUCGAAGAAUUGCGGCCUUAAACAUGUCGCUAAUAUACGUUGAGUCGCAGAUCAAAACGCUGCGAACUCAAAUUGCUGACUAUGCUGUGCUGUUGAAGGAUAUGAUUAUAAACCUAGCACCGAGGGAAACUCAAAGAAAAUAUCUCCAGGGCAAGAAACUAGUUGAAAGGAGCCUCAGUCGUUUGCUUGAGCAGCAGACCAGCUUGUUGACGGUCAAAACUCAAAUUAACUUGGCCGCUACGAAUGCGUUGCUUUUUAAAGCUCUGGAGGAGUCUAAUAAAGUGCUCAAAUCCAUCAACGAUUCAGUUGGAUCAGUUGAGAAGAUCGAAGAGCUGCUCGAUGAGAUAAAGGAAGAGGGCGAGAAGGCUGAAGAAGUGAACGCCCUUAUUGCGAAAUCUCCAGAUGCUGAAGACGAAGCUGAGCUGGACAGAGAAUUAGAAGAGAUGAAAGUGGAAACGGAACAAACUCGCAAAGAGGAAACGGUCAUUGAUGUAUCAGAAAAGAAGGAAAACAAGCCUUCACGAGAAGCUAAUGAGAGUGAGCACCUGGUCAAGAAAUUGAGCAGUUUGAAUAUCGAUUCGAAAUCACCAGAACCGAGGGAAAAGUAUCCAAAUUCUAUUCAACGGGGGUCAAAAGGGGCCAUCGCGGAGCCCCAGUAG